AUGAAACACAACAACAACGUCAGAUUACUCGCCGUCCUCACGGACUCAGAAACGGACGAAAAAAGUGAAUAUCGCUUCCUCGUCGAUGACACCCACGUAAGAUACGUCACUCUGGACGGCGGUCUCAUCCCCCCUAAAGACCGCACCUACGAACCCAUCCUCCUCCCACAGCUCCCCGUCUUUCCACCUGGAGACUGGAACGAAGGUCGGGUGGGUAAAGAUGGACACACAGGGAAGCCAUUCUUUUGCGAGACAAGAAGGAGCAGUUUGCCAGGGAUUGGAAAUGUUUGGCAUGAUACCAUGAUCGAUCAUCUCGAGCUGAGACAGCUUGAGCGUGUAAGGCAGACAGUUUCAAGGGUGAUGCACCCUAAAUUUAAGAAACCUGUGUUGGCCAAGUUCGCGCAGUUUCCUUGGGAGAUUCCUUACUUUGCUGCCGAGACAACUUCCUACGAGUGGAUUCACGGCCGGGGCAUCGGACCCGAGUUUCUGGGCCAUAUCCAUGAGAAUGGAAGAGUCAUUGGCUUUCUAGUCGAGGAAGUCCGAGGUGCAAGGACCGCUGAGCCUGAAGACUUGGCUGCUUGCCAACAUAGUCUGCGCAAGCUGCACGACUUGGGAAUCUUGCACGGAGAUAUCAACAAACACAAUUUCCUCAUCGGAGCCGAUGGUGAAGCUGUCCUAGUGGACUUCGAAACAGCGCACAAGUGCUCAGAUCCAGAGCUACUCGACGAAGAGUACAGGCAUGUGAAAGAAAGAUUGGAGGAUACAUCAGGACGUGGAGGAGCAGGAAUUUCAAGUGAUUCAAGUUUCUCGGAUUGA